AUGAAUACAACGCGCCCAAAAGUUUUAUUAACUCGAAUUUUACCACCAGAUUCUCAAAAACUUAUAGAAAAUGCUAGAGACAUUGAACUUUAUUGCUGGAAAGACGAAGGAGCUAUACCACGCAACCAACUUUUAAAGAUGGCUAAAGGUGUGGAUGGUAUUCUUUGUAUGUUGACUGAAAAAAUUGACAAGGAAUUAUUAGAUGCAGCUGGACAUAAUUUAAAAGUCAUAUCUACAAUGUCAGUGGGUUAUGAUCACGUGGAUAUAAGUGAACUCUGUAAAAAAAAAAUUCCUCUUGGUUACACUCCAGGAGUUCUCACCGAUGCCACUGCAGAUAUUACGGUUUUGUUGGUAUUGGCAGCUGGACGUAGACUUCGUGAGGGUAUUCUUGCAAUAGAAAAUGAUCAAUGGAAUGAUUGGAGCCCAACGUGGAUGCUUGUUGGUCUUGGUAGAAUAGGAACAGCAACAGCGCAUAGACUUAAACCGUUCAUAGGUACAGACGGUAAAAUAAUUUAUAGUGGUAGAACAAAUAAGCCUGAAGCUACUAAUUUAGGAGCUGCAAGAGUGGAGUUUGAUAAAUUGUUGAGCGAAUCUGAUGUUAUAUGUGUGUGCUGUUCGUUGAAUGAAGAAACAAAAGGAAUGUUCAAUUAUGAUGCAUUCAAAAAAAUGAAAAGAAAUAUAAUUUUUGUAAAUUCUGCCCGUGGUGCAAUUGUUAAUCAAGAAGAUCUUUGUCGAGCAUUAUCAGAUGGGCUUUUGGGAUCGGUGGGAUUAGACGUGACAACGCCAGAACCAUUACCGUCAGAUCAUCCGCUUUUAAAGUUCAAUAAUGUCACAGUUGUUCCUCAUAUUGGCAGUUCGACGUUGGAGACACGUACUUUGAUGGGUAAUAUGGCAGUUGAAAAUGUUUUAGCUGGAGUUAGAGGAGAAGUAUUACCCAAUGCUGUUCGAAUGUAG